AGCCAUAAUGGCUCAACCAGCAAAUCUCCGAAAAAUGGAGAUUAUACUGGAGUUCAAAAUCUCUAUUUCGCCAUAAACACUUUCCUCAAUUUCAAUGUGUUCGCAUCGAUUGGAUCGUUAUCGGCUAACUACAUUCAAAUGCCUUCACCACGAUUUCUGUGGAUUCCAGUUCUAUUGCGGAUACUCUUUAUCCCAUUCUUCAUUAAAUUGUUACCAGUAUGUUACAGCUUGGCGCUUAUAUACACACCGAGGUACUGGGAGGAUAGCACAGUGCUAGUGAUGUCUGUCAUCACGAUCAUGGUGCUAGUUCGAUUCCGAACUAACCAAACCUUCCAUCCAUUUUACCAGACCUGUCCGGGAGGGUGA